AGGGGGGAAAAGGCACGGCUGGCCGCGGCGCCCGGCUAGAUCGGCUGCGCCGGGGAGGCGGCGAAGAGGGGCGCGAGUCCAGCGGAGGGGCUCCGUGGCGGGCGGGCGGGCGACCCCUUGCAACAGGGUCCUGGGUUCGAGAAGCCCCCCCGGGCGCCGGAUCGGGUGGCUGGCUGGCUGGCUGGCGGGUCUAUGCCUGCGCUCGGCCAUGUCGUAUCCUCAAAGCUAUUUGUACCAGCCGUCGGCGUCUCUGGCUCUCUACUCGUGCCCGGCUUACAGCACCAGCGUCAUCUCGGGGCCCCGGACGGAUGAGUUGGGCCGCUCGUCGUCCGGCUCGGCUUUCUCCCCUUACGCCGGCUCGACCGCCUUCAGCGCCCACUCGCCCGGCUACAACUCCCAUCUCCAGUACAGCACGGAUCCAGCGGCGGCGGCGGCGGCGGCUUUCUCCUCUUACGUGGGCUCCCCCUACGAGCACACGCCCGGCAUGGCGGGCUCCUUGGGCUACCACCCUUACGCGGCCCCCUUGGGGUCCUACCCCUACGGGGACCCGGCCUACCGCAAGAACGCGACCCGCGACGCCACGGCCACCCUCAAGGCCUGGCUGAACGAGCACCGCAAGAACCCCUACCCCACCAAAGGCGAGAAGAUCAUGCUGGCCAUCAUCACCAAGAUGACCCUCACCCAGGUCUCCACCUGGUUCGCCAACGCCCGCCGGAGGCUCAAGAAGGAGAACAAGAUGACCUGGACGCCCCGGAACCGGAGCGAGGACGAGGAGGAGGAGGAGAACAUCGACUUGGAGAAGAACGACGAGGAGGAAGGCCAGAAGCUGGAGGAGAAGGGCGACCCCGAGGCCCCGGAGACAGGAGGCCUGGAGCAGAAGGCAUCGGCGCCGGGCAAAGACCCCGACGGCGCCCUGAGCGACUCGGAUUGCAAAGAAGCCGCGGAAGAGGCUCCGUCGAAGGGCGCCCCCGGGUGCUCCCCGCCUUUGGCGCACUGCGGCCCGGCCCGGCUGCUGCUCCAGGCGCACCAGCCGCCCUUGACGGCGGGCGGAGGGGGAGAGGACCCCCCGGCGGCCCACCCGCUGACCCUCCACUACAGACCCCCUUCCACGGAGCUGCACCCGGGGCUGCCCUCCAACAACGUCACGUCGGUCAUCCACGGGCCCCAGCCCCCUGCCCAGGCGCUCUCCAAGCCCAAACUGUGGUCCCUGGCGGAGAUCGCCACGUCGGCGGACAAAGGCAAAGAGGGGGCCGGCGGCGAGGCGGCCCUGCAGGCUCCGCCGGGCUUGGGAGGGCCCACCGGCUCGGCCCAGCCCCCGCCGUCGAGGUCGCCGUCGGCCGCGCAGUGCCCCUUCCCCAACGGCGCCGCGGUCCUCUCCCGGCCGCUCUACUACGCCAGCCCUUUUUACGCGGGUUACACGAACUACGGCUCUUUCGGACCCCUCCACGGCGCCGGCUCGACGGGCAACGGGAGCUCGCCUUUUAACGGAUUAAGCCAGACUCUUUUGAACCGGGCGGAGGUUUUGGCCAAGGAGACGAAGGCGCUGCGGAGUCAGGCGCACCUCGAACUGGGCAAAGAGGCGCCUUACGAGCUGAAGAAAGGUACGUCCCAUAUUUAACUCCGCGACGGAACUUGAACGGUGUCUUUUUGGGGGGUCUUUUUUUGGCUUCCCCUCCCCCACCCCCCACCCCCUAUUCUGGUUUUUCAAAAAUUUAUUUCCAGGCCGGUGCGCCCUUGACAUUUUUUUUUGGACGGCUGUUAUUGAUAUUUUUUUCCCUCCAAGAGAGCAAGAAAGCCACGCGACUUCUGAUCUGGAGGUGCGGUCCGUGCGUUCCUGCUCCCCCUGCCGCGGGUUUAAUCCGGAGCGGCUCCGCAUCGGGCCGCGCCUGUAAUUCAUUUCAUUGGAGAGUCGACACGCCUCUUAGGAAAGGGGUUGGGUGGGGGGGGGGGGAGAGAGUCUCCAACUAAACUGCAGUGUUCGGGAGGGGAGAAAAGAGGAAAGACAAAUUUUUUUCUUUAAAAAAAAAGAAAGAUAAAGGAGGAAGCGAUUUGUAUGAAAAACAACAACACCCUUCUCUUGUAUAUUUAAUGUAGCUUUUUUUUUGUAUUUAAAUCGGCAACCACGCAAUAUCUUUGGAGUAAAUUAUGAAAUCCAACCGCCUGUACAGCCAUUCAUGUUGGGUUGUUUAAAUAUAUACAUUUCUGUGUCUUUUCGCCCCCCCCCUCCCCCUCAAAAA